CUAAAUCGCGAAUCACCACCGCUACUCUCUCUCUCUCUCCCCGAUCGGCGGCACAAGAUGGCACCGGCGAAGGCGGCAGCGCGUACAGUUUCACAGAAAGCCUUCGACGAAAUGGUGGAGGAAAACAUAGAAGAUCUCGGCAUGGAUCCAGCUGAAGCUCUCAACGACGCUAUCCAGACACUCACUCUUCAAGGCGUCGAUCUAUCCGGAAUUGUGACCUCCGUACCAGGAGAAAGUAAUCCAGUUAUCGAGUGUUUGGGGAAAUUGAGAGAGGAAAAGCCAUUGCCGGAAGCUGUUGAAUUAUUGGAUGAGUUGAGAGUUUUGUGCGGAGAUAAAGAAUCGGGAAACGCGGCAAUUGCGGCCAAAAAUGGAGCGGUGGAGUUGAUUAUUUGUGUUUGUGCAAAGUUCCGAGACGAGUAUCGCCAGGGUUUGGCUUCAGGAUUAAAGGCAUUGGCUUCCGUUAUUCACGAUCCAACUGAUCCACAAGCAUUAUUGAUAGCAGACAUUUGCCUCUCGGAAUUCACUUAA